AUGCUGCUGCAGCAGCACAGUAUAGUGCUGCAGGAUGGAACGACCGUUAUACUAUCAGACGAUUGCGUGCAGCAGCAGCAGCAACCGCAGCUGCAGCAGCAGCAACCGCAGCAGCAGCAGCAGCAGCAUGAAGAGGGGGAGCAGCAGCACAAGCAGAACGAACAAGAAGGGCAACCGCAGCAACAGCAACAGCAGCAGCAACAGCAGCAGCAGGAACAUCAGCAGCUGGAGCGGCAUCAGCCAACGACACCUGCGCCGCAUCCCCUCUCGCAACAACAGCAGGAACAGCAGCAACAGCAGCACCAGCAGCAACAGCAACAGCAGCAACAGCAGCAGCAGCAGCAGCAGCAGCAGCAGCAUCUGUAUUUAUAUGAGAGGCGGGGCCGCACCAGCCGCCGCUGGAGUUUGGCCGUCUCUCAGUAUGACGGCUUAGAAAAGAAUGAAGAGGAAGUAUUUUCUAUUGCGUCCGGCAGCUGGACAGCCUGUACGCAGCGAAGAUCCUUGUACCCUGUCGCGAGCCAGCAGCAGCAGCAGCAGCAGAAAACGCAGCAGCAGCAGCAUCAUCAGCAGCAGACUUUCCAGCAGCAGCAGCAGCAGCAGCAGGAGUACCAGGAUCAAACUCAGCAGCAGCAGCAGCAGCAGCAAGAGGAGGAGGAAGAGUAG